UUGUCGAUUUCUCCACAGGGUUCAGAUAAGAAGAAGUUCCGCAAGGCCAAAUUUUCAAAAGCAGAAGAUAUGUUAUUAAAAGAAUUAGUCAUGGCUAAUGGAACAAACAAAUGGUCUUUUAUUGCUUCUAGGUUUACUAAUAGAAAUGUUAGGCAAGUCAAGGAGCGAUGGGAGUACUACCUUAGCCCAAGUGUUAAUAAUGGACCGUGGACAGCUCAGGAAGAUAAACUACUAUUAGAGAAAUACCAUGAACUUGGAUCUAAAUGGACAGCUAUUUCUCAUUUCUUCGUCGGAAGAACUAACACAUGCUGCAAAAAUCGAUUUCUUGCGAUGAAGCGCGCAACAGAAAAAGAACAAACUAGCUCAUCCUGCGUAUCAUCCCCAUGCGCAGAACCACUUCCUACUUCUGAGGAGGAAGUUUAUCACCAGGUUGAUAGUUCAUUCGUUGAUGCUUUUAAUGAUGAUAUUUCUAGUGAUUUAUUAUCUUUCGAAUCAGCAUUUUCUAAUGCUGAUUUUUGUCUUUGGUAA